UUGGUUUUGUUCCCGUCUGCAGUCGCAAAGCCAGCAACGCGAUUACAUUGGACUCUCGGUAAAACGAUAGUGACUCGACAAUAUAGUGAAGACCAUUUUACCCCGCAUCGCGUUUCUUUUUAUUUUAAAUCGGCGAACUUACAAUCAGAAAUAUUGACAUCUAGACACAAAGGAGAGGAGUGGUUCGCACUGAGAAGGGACCAAGAAGGAUUAUUGAUGUCCAGCUCGCCGCUGUCCAAGAAGCGUCGCUUGUCAGGAACAGAGACGAAGACGGGAUCCCACUGCUCCUCCUCUAACUCUGUCAGAACUGAACUGUCCCACACACCUGCCAACGGCAUGGCUAAGAAUGGCAAUGAUGCUGAGAUUGAUGAAGGCCUGUACUCCAGACAGCUUUACGUGCUGGGCCAUGAUGCUAUGAAGCGCAUGCAGAACUCCAAUGUCCUCAUCUCUGGUAUGAGAGGGCUGGGAGUGGAGAUUGCCAAGAACGUCAUCCUCGGAGGAGUCAAAAGUGUCACUGUGCAUGACCAGGGUGUUGCAGAAUGGAGAGAUCUCUCCUCACAGUUCUACCUGCGGGAAGAGGACCUGGGAAAGAACAGGGCAGAGGUGAGUCAGCCUCGUUUGGCUGAGCUCAACAGCUAUGUCCCUGUGGCUGCCUACACUGGAGCCCUUACUGAUGACUACCUGACCCAGUUCCAGGUGGUAGUGCUGACUAACUCCACUCUGGAGGAGCAGCAGCAUGUGGGAGAGUUCUGCCACAGCAAAAGCAUCAAGUUGGUCAUUGCUGACACACGGGGCCUGUUUGGCCAGCUGUUCUGUGACUUUGGUGAGGAGAUGAUGGUGUAUGACACCAAUGGAGAGCAGCCUCUGAGUGCAAUGAUCUCCAUGAUAACCAAGGACACUGCAGGUGUAGUGACAUGUCUGGAUGAGGCUCGCCAUGGCUUUGAGAGUGGAGACUUUGUCACCUUCACAGAGGUUCAGGGUAUGACGGAGCUCAACGGCUGCCAGCCAGUUGAAAUCAAGGCUCUGGGUCCCUAUACCUUCAGCAUCUGUGACACAACUGGCUUUUCUGACUAUGUAAGAGGAGGAAUUGUUUCCCAGGUCAAGAUGCCCAAGAAGAUUUCUUUUAAAUCCAUCUCUUCAUCCAUGGCUGAGCCAGAGUUCAUGAUGACAGACUUUGCCAAGUUUGAGCGUCCUGGACAGCUGCAUGUUGGCUUCCAGGCUCUCCAUGCGUUCCAGAAGAAACACAGCCACCUCCCCAAGCCCUGGAGCCAGGCUGAUGGAGAUGAGCUGGUAACACUGGCUAAGGAAGUGAACUCUGCCCAGACUGGGUCUGCUAAAGUGGAGCAGCUAGAUGAAGCUCUUAUCAAAAAAAUGGCCUUUGUCUCUGCUGGUGACCUGGCUCCUCUGAAUGCUUUCAUUGGAGGUCUAGCUGCUCAGGAAGUGAUGAAGGCAUGCACAGGGAAAUUUAUGCCCAUAAUGCAGUGGCUAUACUUUGAUGCACUGGAGUGCCUGUCUGAAGAGGAAGGAGCCAUACUCACUGAGGAAGAGUGUGCCCCUAGGAACUGUCGCUAUGAUGGCCAGAUUGCUGUGUUUGGCACCAAGCUGCAGGAUGUGCUUGCCAAACAGCGCUACUUUCUGGUGGGAGCUGGUGCUAUUGGCUGUGAGCUGUUGAAAAACUUUGCCAUGAUGGGACUGGCUGGUGGGGAAGGCGAGGUGAUUGUGACAGACAUGGAUACCAUAGAGAAGUCCAACCUCAACCGACAGUUCCUCUUCAGACCCUGGGACGUCACGAAAAUGAAGAGUGAGACGGCUGCUGCAGCAGUGAAGCAGAUGAACCCAUCUAUCAAGAUCACAGGUCACCAGAACAGAGUGGGCCCGGACACAGAGAGAAUCUACGACGACGACUUCUUUGAAAACCUGGACGGAGUGGCUAAUGCACUGGACAAUGUUGACGCACGUAUGUACAUGGACCGGCGGUGUGUGUAUUACCGUAAGCCCCUACUGGAGUCUGGUACUCUGGGCACCAAGGGCAAUGUGCAGGUCGUCAUCCCCUUCCUCACAGAGUCCUACAGCUCCAGCCAGGACCCCCCAGAGAAGUCCAUCCCCAUCUGCACCCUCAAGAACUUCCCCAAUGCCAUUGAACACACACUACAGUGGGCCCGUGAUGAGUUUGAGGGACUAUUCAAACAGCCAUCAGAGAAUGCCAUGCAGUACCUCACAGAUCCAAAGUUCAUGGAGCGUACUCUGAAACUCCCUGGAGCUCAGCCCCUGGAGGUGCUGGAGGCUGUCUACAAGAGCCUGGUGACAGACUGCCCUCACAGCUGGGCCGACUGUGUAGCCUGGGCACGCAACCACUGGCAGUGUCAAUACAGCAACAACAUCCGCCAGCUACUGCACAACUUCCCUCCAGAUCAGCUCACCAGCUCUGGUGCCCCCUUCUGGUCUGGUCCAAAGAGGUGUCCUCACCCCUUAGAGUUCAGCACUAGCAACGAGCUGCACAUGGAUUAUAUCAUGGCAGCAGCCAACCUGUAUGCUCAGACGUACGGCCUGCCUGGCAACACCGACCGUGCAGCCGUGACCAAGAUCCUACAGGAUGUUCAUGUGCCGACCUUCACCCCCCGGUCAGGGGUUAAAAUCCAUGUCUCUGAUCAGGAGCUGCAGAGCGCCAAUGCUUCUGUUGAUGACUCCAGACUGGAGGAACUGAAGACCCUGCUGCCUGCCCCCGAGUCAUCUUCCCAAUUUAAACUCAACCCUGUUGACUUUGAGAAGGAUGAUGACACCAAUUUCCAUAUGGACUUCAUUGUAGCAGCGUCAAACCUGAGAGCAGAGAACUAUGACAUUCCCCCUGCUGACAGACACAAGAGCAAACUGAUAGCUGGCAAGAUCAUUCCUGCCAUUGCCACCACUACGGCCUCAGUUGUGGGCCUGGUGUGUCUGGAGCUCAUCAAGAUCGUCCAGGGACACAAGAAGCUGGAGUCGUACAAGAAUGGCUUCAUGAACUUGGCCCUGCCUUUCUUUGCCUUCUCCGAGCCCAUUGCUGCCCCCAGCCACAAGUACUAUGAAAUCAACUGGACUUUGUGGGAUCGCUUUGAGGUCAAGGGCAUGCAGUCCAACGGGGAGGAGAUGACACUCCGACAGUUCCUGGACUAUUUUAAAAAUGAACAUAAGUUGGAGAUCACCAUGCUUUCUCAGGGAGUGUCCAUGCUCUACUCCUUCUUCAUGCCUGCUGCCAAACUCAAAGAGAGACUGGAGCUGCCGAUGACUGAGAUCGUGACCAAGGUGUCCAAAAAGAAACUGGGCAAGCACGUGAAAGCCCUGGUGUUUGAGCUAUGCUGCAACGAUUUGUCGGAUGAAGACGUGGAAGUGCCCUAUGUCAGAUACACCAUCCGCUGAGCUCCACAAAGAACCCAGCCACCCACCCGGGGAGGGGGGAGAGACAGGGGGCGGGGGGCAGGUACAAGAGAGAAGUUUAGGCGGGGUAGGGGGUGGGGGGGGGGGUCGAUCCAGGUCAGCUGUUUGGGAUCAAUCAGUUUUUGAGGCCAGCGGUUGUUGUAACCCUGUGCCUGAUUGUACAUAGCCCCAGCAAGCUGACAUAAGGACACUUGUAUGUAUGUUAGGGAUACAAUUGGCGACUGGUUGUGGGGACAGGGGUGUCUUUGGAGGAAGGGAACAUGCAUACUGGACCUGUUGACUAUUUUCUCAGUAGCAGAACCUUUCCGCUCAGCGUGUUUCUAAGCCUUAGUGUCUGCCUUCCCUCUGUACCCUGUAGCCCAACUAGUGUCCCUCUCACACCUCCUGGCACUCUCUCACUAGCCCUCAGCUCUAUAGAUGAGGUAUUUUAUCUAGCAAACUGUCAUCCCUCCUCUCUACUUGCUCUCUUCCCUCCUCCACCCCCUGUCUCUUUAAACCUGGCCCCACAUUGCAUUUUUUAUGGACACAACUGAGAUCAGCCAAGAACCCAAAAAUAGCUAUAGAAAUGUAAAGAGAAUCCAGUUUACCCAAAGUCAAAAUUGCUGCCCUCAAUUCUACCUGAGACCCCAAAUUUGGAACUGUUAGAAGCAUCUGCAAACAAAAUGAAGCCUGAGCCACUGGCCCUUUCCUGACUGUAAAAUAAUCCAUGUGGUUCUCCAGGAGAGGGAUGCUGGCAAACUGGAAACCCUCCUAAUUUGUGGUGUUGCCAGGUGUGUCUGCACCCCUCCACCCACAUCAUCUAGCACUCUGGCUUUGGAGGGGCUCUUGCACAUGACUUCAGUUUUCACUUACUCUCUUUAUUUUUCAUGUGUUAUGUUUUUUCUAUUUUAUUUGGGGACAGAAUUGUGGUGCACACACAAACACCUUGUAGAUCAUAAACUGUCUACUUUCUACUUUGUAAACUCCAAAUGACAUAAGUGUAAGAGCAAGGCUAUGAGUUGUAUCCUGAAAUGGAGCACUUAGUGUGAUAGUGAAUAAACAUGUAAAAGAUGUACCUGA